UGGAGAACUUUGCCCUUAUAUCUUCACUGGGAACCACAUUGCCCAGAAGGCUGUUGGGAAGGCUGACCCAAUGAAGGCUCGGAAAAGGAUUUUUCGGUUGGUACCAAGCGUAUGUGGGCGGGACUUCCGUCGCCCUGCCAAUAGACACGUGGUCUGCUCUCAGAAUCCCCGCACCUGUCAGAGGCGGCUCAGCUUUGGUUCCUGGAAAAGAUCCCCGUGAUAAAAAAUAAGAGUCCUGGUUGCUGCGGCACAAAAGCAAUUGUGAGGCUCUGUGACUCUGCUCAGGUGAACGCGCCUCCUCCAGGAUGGGGACUCUGAUGCCCGGCUCCCCAUCCUUGCCUGCUCCUCCAGCCUCGCCCCACCUACAGAGUCCGCUGGUUGUGGCCACGUUGAGGUGCCUGGCUGAGGUUUCUGUGACCUUUGAGGAUGUUGCAGUGUAUUUCUCCAGGACAGAAUGGUGCCUCCUUGAUGAGGCUCAGAGACGCCUGUACCUGGAUGUGAUGCUGGAGAACUUUGAUCUUAUAUCUUCGCUGGGUUGCUGCUGUGGAGCAGAGGAUGUGGAGGCUCUCACUGAACAGAGCGUUUCUCUAAGAGUCUCGAAAGCGAAGAAUCCCAAGACAGCUUUGUCUUCCAAGAAGAGCCACCCCUGUGAGAGUUGUGGACCAGUCUUGAGAGACAUUUUCUUCUUGGCUGACCAGCAGGGAACACAACAGGGCUCAACACUGCUGAGGUGUGGGGCGUGUGCAAAACCAUUCUAUUUCAGUGCACAGAGUCACCAGCACCAGGAGCAGGACACAACAAAGUAUUGUUUCAUAAGCAGUGUGGACAAGGCCUUACUUGGAAAGAGCUGCAAUUUCCAUAUGUCAUGGAAUCCUCGUACCUCUAGUCAGGUUGGAAAAGACCUCCUCAUCAGCUCAGAACCUCUCAAGCAACUGGCUACUCACACCCUGUUCAGGGCAAACGAAAUCUCUAAGUCUGGAAUGACUUUUGAAAGUACAGGAAAUUAUUAUACUGCAAUAGAAUGCCAGAAUGCCAUUGACUGUAACCAUACACUUGUUGAAGACCAGGGAUUCCUUACAGGAAGACAGUGUUUUCUGUGUUGUGAAUGUGGAAAAUCUUUUACCGAUAGCUCUGCAUUCCAUGAUCAUCAUAGAGUUCACACUGGAAAAAAGUCUUAUGAGUGUGAUGAAUGUGGAAAAAUUUUUAAGAGAAAAUAUGACUUUAAAUGUCAUCAGAGAGUUCACACUGGAGAAAGGCCUUAUAAGUGCAGAGAAUGUGGGAAAUGUUUUACCAGUAGCUCUGCCCUCUGUUAUCAUCAGAGAGUUCACACUGGAGAAAGGCCUUAUGUGUGCAGUAAAUGCGGGAAAUCUUUUACCAGUAACUCUGCCCUCCGUUACCACCAGCGAGUUCACACUGGAGAAAGGCCUCAUGAAUGCAGUGAAUGUGAGAAACAUUUUACCAGUAGCUCUGCCCUCCGUUACCAUCAGCGAGUUCACACUGGAGAAAAGCCUUAUGAGUGCAAUGAAUGUGGGAAAUCUUUUACCAGUAGACCUUCCCUCCAUGAUCAUCAGAGAGUUCACACUGGAGAAAAGCCUUAUGAAUGUGGUGAAUGCGGGAAAACUUUUAGGAGGAUAUAUUACUUUAAUUGUCAUCGCAGAGUUCACACUGGAGAAAGGCCUUAUGAGUGCAGUGAAUGUGGGAAAUCUUUUACCAGGAGCUCUGUCCUUCAUAAUCAUCAGAGAGUUCACACUGGAGAAAAGCCUUUUGAGUGUGGUGAAUGUGGGAAAUCUUUUAAAAGGAAAUACUACUUUAAUUGUCAUCAGAGAGUUCACACUGGAGAAAAGCCUUAUGAGUGCAGUGAAUGUGGGAAAUCUUUUAAGAGGAAAGAAAACUUUAAUUCUCAUCAGAGGCUUCACACUGGUGAGAGGCCUUAUGAGUGCAGGGAAUGUGGGAAAUCUUUUACCAUGAGCUCUGCUCUUCUUAAGCAUCAGAGAGUUCACACUGGGGAAAGGCCUUACGAGUGCAGUGAAUGUGGGAAAUGUUUUACCUAUAGUUCUGACCUUCGGUGUCAUCUAAGAGUUCACACUGGAGAAAGGCCUUAUGCAUGUGGUGAAUGUGGGAAAUCUUUUGCCAGUAGCUCUAUUCUUCAUAUUCAUCAGAGAGUUCAUACUGGAGAAAAGCCUUAUGAGUGCAGUGAAUGUAAGAAAUGCUUUAGACAAAGAUCCGCCCUUAUUCAACACUAUAGAGUUCAUUCUGGAGAAAAGCCGUAGAAAUGCAGUUAAUGUGGAAAAACUUACAUGAGUAGCUGUGCCUUUUGCCAUCACUGAAGUAUUCACACUGGAUAAAGGCUGAGUGCAGUGAAGUUGGGAACUUUUUUACCAGUAGAUCUGCUUUCUGUUAUUUUCUGAGUUCACAAAGAAGAUAGUCUUUAUCAGUGCAUGAAUGUAGUAAAUCUGGUAGCUCUAGCAGUCACCUUUAUUUUCAUCAAAUAGUUCACAGAAAAGUAAGGCCUUAUGAGUGCAGUGAAUGUGAGAUAUGUUUUAUCUUUCACUAUAAAUUUCAUUGUCAUCAUGUAGUUCACACAGAAUUUUGGCCUUAUGGCUGCAGUGAAUAUGGAAAAUUUUUUGUUUACUUUUUAAUAAAUAAAGUCUUAAAAAAAGAUUUUAUUUAUUUCUAGGGAGUAUAAGGCAGGGAGAGAAACAUCAUCUGUGUUGCCUGGUGCACAUCCCCAACAGGGGACCUUGGCCCACAACCUAGGCAUGUGCUGUGACUGCGAAUCAAACUGGCAAACUCAGCUCUGGCUGGUGUAGCUCAGUGGAUUGAGCGCGGGCCUGCAAACCAAAGGAUCGCUGUUCGAUUCCCAGUCAGGGCACAUGCCUGGGUUGCAGGCCAGCUCCCAGCAGGGGACGCAUGAAAGGCAACCACACAUUGAUGUUUCUCACCUUCUCUCCUUCCCAUACCCUCUAAAGGUAAAAAAAAAACAAAAACAAAACAAAACCUGGCAAACUCAGUUCACAGGCCAGCACUCAGUCCACUGAGCUACACCCGCCAGGAUAGUAGGAAAUUUUCUAAAUCAGUAAUCUUCAUUAUUCUAAAAAAAAUUCCCACUGGAGAAAGCCUUAUGAAAGCAGUGAAUGUGGUAAAUCGUGUAUCUGUAGCAGUCCCCUCAGUUGUCAUCAGAGAGUUCAAUGUAGGGAAUGGCCUUGUGCUUGUAGUGAAUGUGGGAAGUCUUUUUUUUUUUGUAUUAGUGGUUUCCAUUAUGAUGAGAGAUUUUACACUUCAGAAAUGCCUUUUGAGUGUGCUGUCUAUAUUGGAAAUUUAUUACCAGUAACUAUGGCUUUCAUUGCCAUUAGAGAAUUCACAAUCACUUGUUCUUAUAAGUUGAGAAAAUUUGGGAAAUCUUUUGUGUCUAGCCAUUUCUUUUGUUAUCCUCUGAGAAGUUACACUGGUGGUAGGUUUUAUAUAUUCAUGCAAUAUGAGAAAUUGUUUUCCUGUAGCACUAAGACCCCCUAUGUUCAGAAAUUUCACUUUGGGGAAAGGCCUUAUGAGUAUAGUGACUGUGGGAAAUUCUUUUUCUAUGUUUUCUCUUUUCAUAUCAUUAGAGAGUUUACACAGGAGAUAGGCCGUAUAGGGCCAUCAAAUUUAAGAAAUGUUUAAUGUCAGAGUCAUGGUCACCUUAAUCACAGUUCACUGAUUAAAGACUUCAAGUGUGAGGUGAACAUGGGAAAUCUCUGGCCAUAAGUCAAUACCCUUUUGGCAUUGGAGAGUUCUCACUGUAAAAUAGUUGUAUUUUGGGAAAUGUAUUUAUUUCCUGUGCAAUGACACUAAAGAAAACAUUCUGAGGAAACCCGUGUAUUCCUGAGGAAACUGAAAAUUUUACGUGUUCACAGUGCAGACAUGUCUCAAAUUUAUUGUUUAACUUUCUAAGGACUUAAAGUACAUCUAAACUAAUUGUGACUUUAUGCAUUCUUACUCAUAGUGUAAGGGCUGUAUUUCCUCACUCUAACAGAAUCUUCUUUUAAGAAUUAUAAAUGUUAGCUCUUUUCAUAUGUUCAUCAGGAUCUCGCUGUCCUUUUAGUUGCAUUUCCCUAAGGAUUUAUGAUGAGCAUUUUUACAGGUGUGUAUAUACUGAUAUGUUUUUAGUAAUAUGUGUGCUCACAUAACUUACCAAUUCUUUUAUUAAUUUUGGCUACUAUCCUUUAACAAAUAGGAAAGGAAAACAGCAAAGACACAUGUUGCAAUGUCACCUAUUUUCACUCCUUGAAUAACAAGUAUCUUUCGCUCUUUGAAAAAUCAUUUUUUGGAAUAAUUGUUUUUAAUAGUGGAAAAUAUUUCCAAAUUAUUUAGAUUUCUUGUUGUAUACCAUGCAGUAGGAAUAUAUCAUAUUUCAAGGAAUAAUCUGCAUUAUUUACACACUUAAUCACUUUUAUAAGUUCACACAUUUAGUAAUGUAAUAAAAAGCCUUGCUUUUUAGUGUUCACCCAUUUUUAUGGUCCAUCAUCUGUGGUUUGCUGGGCUGGAGGAUUUGAAGGUGAACUGGGUGGUAUGAGGAUGAACAAGUAUUUCUUGAACAAAGUAUUUCCCUCCUAGAAGCCCAAGGGAAGAGUUCAGUGAUUAGACUCCACAUACCUUGGGCAAUGCAACCUGAGUUUAAACCUUGGAUUAGUGACCAUUGUUAUGAUUACAGGAAAGCGAUGCGCUCUAUGGGCCUCAGUUUCCUCCUGUGUAUAAAAGAAGGGUAAAGAGAAGCCUUGGUUCUUAUUCAAAAAGUGGUGGCUAUACCACUAGUUAUCACCUGAGGGCACCAUCCACUGGCUAGUCAGUCCUGCAACCUUCACCCCACGGUCUUGUGAAAAUAAAUGGAGAUUCUCACAUACCCAAUAUCUGCUUUAGUCCACACAGACCCUACCUUAUGGAGGAGAUAUCUUCAGGGCUUCUAUGUCUCAGUACAGGUUCUGCUCUUGGGAAUUUUUGGGUGACAGUAAAACUCAUUAAAACUCACGUCACGGAUGUGAAAUUAAUGAAGGCACUAACCAUGACGCUUUUGAGCAUCAAUAGCAGUAUUCCAAUCUUCUAAGAAUAAGACAUAUCUGGGAAUACUGAUUAUGUACAAAUUUUAUAUUUGCUGCCAGAAUGGGUGCGAUGUUGGCAUCUAUGAUUGUGUGGAAAGUGGGUGCCUGAAUCUGAGGUAAAGGUUUUGAAUUUGAGGUUUUACCACUUAUCCUGAAGAUGAUGAUCAUUUCUGCUGAAAAUGCAUUGACAGUGUCUGCAUGGGUGUUGAUGGGAGAGAUGUGGUUCUUCUUGCAUAUAAAGAAUUACAUAUCAGCAAAUCUAGUAGCAUGUAAUCAGUUUAUUAGUGGCCUAUUCCCAUGGGAGAGAACAGGACUGGGUAGAAUAGGGGGUGAAAGGCAAAGUAUCAGGGCAUGACAGGGUAACAAAAGCAAGAGUGGUUGAAGACCAGGGUGGCAAGCCCCUUGGGCAGCCUGAGGCCAGGUGCCCAGGGGCCCAGUGGCCCAAGAGCCAAGAGCACCCUGAGCCCCUGAGUGAGAGAGAGCAGGUCCUUUGUUCUCAGGACUUACAUAGUUGGUGGGAUAGGAGGGAAAAAGUUACAUAUUGAUUAACAGGUAAAUGUGGUGCCAGCUUUCCUGGGGGAAUGUGACUACCCAAACUUAGGUAUGUGUGGGAGUCAGCCUGAAUCCUUAUCUUGCUCCAGACCCCAUUUGUUCAUCUUGUGACAAGAGGCAGUUAAUUAAAAUUGGGGCACUUUCCAAAGUUGUUUAUGGGCUCUUUCUGUAAGCAUCAGGGACUCCCUCAUAAAACAUAGUGACCAGAGGUAGGCAAUUAAUCAAAGUUGUUUUAUGGGCUCUUCAGGCACUGGGGACCCUCUCCCACAACCAGGCCUUGGGAUGAAAGCACAGUUUCAAGGCUUUCUUUCCCAGAUGGUGAAAAUGUUACAUAGAAUUUCAAGGACUUCCCUUCUUUCUUGCUAACAUCGUGUGUCUUGUGAUGUUGGCAAUAUUAUUAGACCAGGCUCAGGACGGCUGAGUUUGUGUGUGAGACUUGUCUCCUUCCUCCCCCCUGCCUUGGUUUACUGUUUAUUCUACCUAAUUGGUCAAAGGCGUUUCCUGGCAACCAGGGUGCUAAAUGCUGGCCAGUAACAGUAUUGCAGUCUCAAGAGUUCUUCCUUAUGUUGUCUCCUGCCUCAUGGGGACUGCAGAUUGUUUCCAGAAGAGAAUUAGAUCAAACUACAGAAAGGCAUUCCUGUUGAUUAAUGAAGUUAUUCAAUAAGAAUUACUUAUAUAGCUAGAAAAGACUCUAAUUAGCCUGAGAACAGGUAAGACACAAUAGGUAGUAAAUAAAGGACACCGACUUCUAAGAAUGAGAGAUUUAACAGGCAACUUGGCUACCCUGAAAUUGUUUGUACAAAGUGUGAGUGCAUUUCAUUCAUGAGAACCUGAGGAAAAAAUAGGUGACAAAGAUAGUUGUAAGCAGAAAAAUGUAGAAAAGUGUAAGAAAAGACAUGGUAUCAAGUUUCAUUUCUUUAACAAUCACUUAUUAUUUUAUCUGGUUUUUGGCUG